AUGCCGGCCAUCUGCCAGAAUGUCCGUAACUGGGAAGCAGACGCAUCGAAAUCCACCUGGGCUGGAAGACAAGCAGGAUGGUUCACUUUCGACUUUGGUCAAAGAGCACAACAAAGAUUUCCAGGAUUCACAGGGUUGACUAGCAGAGCUGAUAUCCGGCGCGAAUUCCAAUGUCCUAAAGAAACUUGGGCCGGCACACGCGCAGCUCCCAGAUGUCCUGAGCCCAAUCAACCUAACGUAGUGCCACUUUGGGCCAACGGGCUCACAGGACAACCAAUAACAGAUAUUGUUCCACAAGAUCUCAGCGAGCCUCUCAAGAAGGCCAACUUGGAGAUCAUGUAUUGGUCAUCCAAUCCGCAAAACCCGACUCAAAGCAGGAGACGAUCUGGCAGAAGCUAUAGUUGCGACGAAUUCCCCCCAGGGUCUUCUAUCUUAAAGCCUCUUGGAUCGAAGGCGGAGUUGGCACGGCAGGCCCAGUCACCUAAGGUGAACCCCACACAAGAAGAUGGCAUAGCUUUUCGGUUCAGGCUCUUGGAUGGAGCUAAAGCCGUAGCACAACGACAUGGAGCACGCGUCUAUUUCCUCGACGCCGCUGGAGCGGAGCAGUUUCAAGGCAAAGGCGGGUUCCGGCGCCGAUCGGGCGAAACAAUCAAUGUUCCCAGCACCAAUACGUCGGCUGCCGCGAAACUGACCUUUGCGGACAAUCUGAGUACAGCGGAUCUUGUAGAUGCUGGAUGGGUGUACGCUGGUUUUGUCAUGGAUGAUAACAGUACGGAGCCUAUCAUAGAGAUGCCGAGCGGUGAGGUCAUCACUGCGGGAGACACGACGGCGCUAAAUGCGGCUGUGAAGUUAUCCAUGACUGUGGUCAAUGGAUCGACACAGUCCGUCAGCUUCGGCGACACAGACGAUGUCCUUGCUCCAGCAGCGGCUAGUGCUACUCUUUCGGCCAUGGCAGCCGGCUCCUCUGGAUUCACUGUUGGAGCAACACCAUUCAACACUUCUAGCUCUGUGGAGAAGAACGUGACCAGUUGGAACAUCACCGCGGGUGAUGUCGAUGAGUCUCUCACCACCUACGAUUUCCAGACUCAACGACAACCACAAUCAGACAUGAUCGACAUUAUUGGUCUCAGUGAACAGUUCGGUCAAUGGGACAAGAUUACUCAACGAGACAGGCUCAGCUGCGACAUGGCGUCGCUCAUCUCAUCAUCAAAUGCACCAAAGUGGCGCACUCACAAAGAGACAGGCAGUUGA